UAGCCGAGUCGCGGGCAUAUCCAGGGGACGCGCGAACCAGAGAUGGGCAAAAUUUUAUUUUAAUAACAGCCGACGAUCGAAACGUGGUCCGAUUUCACGUGGGAAUCAUCGAUCCUUGUUUCUUUCCGCGUAACACAAUUUUUUCCUUCGAAUGUACGAAUCGGUUAUUCGAAAUUUUGUCCAGAUAAAGAAUUUUGCCCAUCUCUGGCGUGUAGAACGCGUGUGUGCGUUACCCCUGCACACGUACGCCGCGUGUAGAGGUUGGUUCGAAGGAGGCUGGUGGGGAGAUUGGAAGGGAGAAGGUAGGACGAGUCGGGAGGACGAAGGCAGCGCUAUCGAGUGGCGGUACCAGGAAGCAACGGCGUCGUCCGUCGUCGCAGCAGCCGCCGCCACCGGCGUGUAUCGUCGUCGCCGAGAGAGAGAGAAGUCCGCCGCCGAGAGAGUAUCCGAGAUAUCGCGCGAGACCUCGAAGUGAGUUUCACGGAACGAACGAUUUCUCGCGUUCACGCGAUCCGUUCGUCAGCGACACGCUCCAAUUUCCCGCAAAAUCGACGAUUCGAUAUCGCCUCGUCGCCGAGAUAACAGUCGUCCAGGAGAUCCGGAUAUCCCGCGGCUGUCCGUCGACCAGGAUAUGUAACCGUGUGCAAACGUGAUCGAGAGCGACCGAUUCAGGACGGAGUCGUGUAUAUUCACGUUUCGCGUGUGAUACGGCCCGCGGAUUCCUGACACGAUAAUAGCAACGGGGUCGCGAGUUCGCGAGUGAGGAACAGAAGAAAGAGGAACAGAACCGAACAUUCCAGGAAACCGCACCUGGUGCUAGGUAGCCAAGACGGACGCGCCGAUAGCCACGGACGGAUAUCCAGCAAGGACAGAGGCACCGGUACAUCGAGGGGUGCGACGGAUUUGGAAAGGUGGAGGAUUACGAAGAUUACGGUUGCACUCGAAACGGCAACGCGUCGGUACCGGGCGUGCCGGCGGCCAGAGUGUUAGAGGGCAACACGAAGCUAUCCUCGCAAUCGAGUCAAAACAAUCAUCGGGAAGAGAACAGCUGGUGGGCGGCGGAGGAGGGCGGAGGUCAGGAGAUAAGAGAGCGUGGUAAGGGCGCAGCAGUGGCGGGUGAGCUGGCUUGCCUCGCGGGUUACAUGGCGGGGUACUUGAAGGCGGCGGGCGCCACUUGCGCCCCAACCGGCAGUCCUCAGUACCACCCCCACAGUCAUCCGGCGAUGGGGGUUGGUACGCACCCACAUCCACACUCUCACCCCCAUCCGGGGGCACCUCAUCCUGGACUACCUUCGCCGUUUGCCCUCGCCACUCACGGUCAUCCGCACCCUCAUCCGCUGGAUCAUGGACUCGCUGCAUUUCCUCAAGGAAUGAACCAGCGCAAACAGCGCCGAGAGAGAACUACCUUCACCAGGGCGCAACUGGACGUGCUGGAGAACCUUUUUACGAAAACAAGGUAUCCCGACAUCUUCAUGCGAGAAGAAGUGGCUCUGAAGAUCAAUCUGCCGGAAUCGAGGGUCCAGGUGUGGUUCAAGAACCGCCGAGCGAAAUGCAGACAGCAACUGCAGCAGCAACAACAGCAACAACAGCAGCAGCAGACCUCUCCGUCGAAGGGUUCACCGCGGUCAAAUCAGACGCAGAGCACCGGCAACAACGGCAACAAAAUGUCGACGAACGCGACGGCGACGCCCAACAGACGCUCGUCGCCUGUUUCUCCGCCUCGAGGGAAGGAGGCCCCGGGCCCGAACUCGCCACUGCUUUCGACGACGUCGACGUAUCCGCGUCUCGGCGUGACGCCGACCGGCGGAAGCGGCGCGAACAGCGCUCUGACGACCCCGUCGCCGCCGUUGACCCCGGGUGCCAGCCAGUUACCACCGUCGUCUUAUCCACCUCCGAUGAACCAGAUUCAUCACGGCGACUAUGGUUUCACUUGGAGUUCACCGUCGCCCGGCUCGGUGAACCCGAGCCAAUGUUACGCCGGGCAGACCUACAACGCCUACCAGAACCCGUACACUGCCGGCGAGUAUUAUCAGACCCAGAUUUCGCACAUGCACCACAGCCCCCAAGGAAACUACCACCCCCAGUACCAUCACAAUAUGACGCUGACGUCCUCGAUGUCGCACUUGACCACCCAUCAUCUGAACUCGACCGGCACCAACGACAUGGCGGCCUCGCCGUCCGAUUCCGACGGUUACAUCUUGCCCGACCAGAAGUAUCAGACGAUGGUAUAGCGGUCUGGUAGAUCCUCUGGGAUAUAUCAUCGCGGUCAGGAGGCCAUUUCUGCGGCCGGAUCCUCCGCGGCUUAUCACUGGCGAUUGAACUCCGCGGCGAGUUGUCUAGAAAUCAACGGCAAUAUCGAUUCCGACAACUGAUAGCCGAACGGUUUUUAAACACGUGCAUCGCUCUAUCGACGAUCUUUUUGUGCAUCGAUCACGGCUCGCAGACCCGAGCUUUUAAUUUUCACCCGUGUUUUCCCAAUUAUGACGCCAUAGCAUCUCGCUCUCCUAGAUAACCGGACCACCUAGCAAUAGAUAAGGUACGUGGAAAUUCGAGCAUGCUAUCAGAAACUCUACAGCGAUGAUAAAAUCAACUGCCCAGGGUCUGCGAUAUUUUUACCUUGCACGGGAAGAUUAACGAAGCUCGAAGGUGCCCUUCAACCUUCUACGAGCUCGACGACGAGCACGAAUUUUAGAAUGAUACGAAAUUUUAGAUGGGACAGACCUAACCCAGUAAUCACGUCCCUGGGAAGCGGUCCGUCUUUGCGUUCGACCGGAACGUCGUAAUCGACGGCAAUCGAUUACCACUUCGGUCGAGGCGAGCUUUGAUUGGCGAUGCCAACGAGUCGACAGACGCCGCGCGAGAUGUUCGCAAUUUGAAUUUCGAGCGAGCAUCUGCAAACGUCGAUGACGACCAACGCGGACAUCUGCCAUUUUCGCUUGCAGAAUGUCCGUCGAAAGCGUCAAAGCGGGAACAAUUUCGCGAAGCGUUUGCAAACGCGACAACCCAAUCGAUCAACGACGGUCGCUAAGAUCAGGCAUACUUUGCUAUCGUUCCGGGAACGUUCGUUGUCGUUUCCAGCGCCGUCGAGCCGAGACGAGCAACACACACCGAUCUCUGGAAAACGUAGAGAUACGAAGACACGUCCCUAGAAAGGAUUUUCUAACGAGGGUAGGAAACAGGGAACGUUUCGCGUUCGAAGAUCAGAUUCCAGUCGUUUACCGACGAACGAUCUGACUCGAGACACGUCGCGGCUCGUUCCAUUUUCCCGCCUCCAUCUGUUCGAACAGCAAACGAAGGAUACCCGGCUCUUCCUGUUCGAUCACCUCUACUAUUGACGCGUGACAGUGAUUUUUCGUAUAUCUGCCCUUUCCAGGAAGGAUCUCAGUGGUCUCGGUAUCGUCGAAGAUCA